GGGGCUGAGAUAAGCGGCACAGCCCCUGUAAAAUUCGGGGAAACUCGCCACUGUCACUGGGACAACAGGCUAGGGUGGGGCAACAGCAAUCGAAAUAAACAUUGCGCAUAACAAACUCCAAACUGACGCGCCAAAACCAACCACAAUUUGUCGCAACUGCAUCCAAGAUGCCCAGUAUCAGCCAUUCUUUUGACAGUAGCACUUGGAUUGAGUCUUGGAUCGAGCAGCUAAUGGCGGAUCGCGACGUGCCUUUAUUGUUUAAUCCAACGCUGACCCCAACCAAGACGUCUAAAAGACCGCGCCACGGCGACAUUGACGACGACCUCACCACUCCACGACCUGCACGAUAUGCCGAGAGUCAAGAUGCAUCGUCUGUUUCCUCCAGCUCGACAAAGACUUCCUCAGCCAGCCGCGGCUCUCGAAGCCCGCGCAAGAAGGAGUUUGCGCUUCGCACCACAACCAAUUUUCCCGUCGACCGUCGAGACAUAUCCGACAUGCCCCAAGAUAUCGGAGAGAACACCCUGGAAUUGGUAGGAGAUCUCCAGGAGAUCGGCAACGGCGACCGCGCAGUCAUCCCCGAAACAUUUAGGAAAUCCGUCCAAAGGCAAAGCGGUCUUCGUCGAGCUCCCGACCGUUGGUUCCACCCCGUGCCUCGCACCACCGCGACUCAGAAUUCCGAAGCAGCAGCCACGGGGUCUUCUGGCUCUGUUUCCAACACAGAUCAAGAGGAAGAUAUGUUGGAUCCGGAUGGCAGGACAAUGCUGAUAUGUCAGCACUGGCGCCUGCACGAGAUAUGGACCAACACAAAGACAUGCGAGCGAAAGAUGGAGCACGAGCCAGCGUGGAACGACUCGGUGCACGCGCCUAUCUUGGCAGAAUCCAUUCGCGGCCACAACGCUGUCCACUACAGGAACAUAACUUGCUGCCGUGUAUCUCCAGAAUACCGCGACCCAGACCCCCUCCUUGGCGAUAACAAGGUCGACUACGGCCUCUUUCUCUCUCAACACCCCUCAGAACAUAAUAACCCAAAUGACUCUCUCUCCCAUUCCCCAGACAUACUGCUACCCUGUUCUCACAUUCAGCUCAGCGACGGCGCCCCGACCCCCCUUGCCGUUAGCAUCGAAACUAAGAGCCUCCGUGCCGACGGCAUCGGAGGCCCGUCGCAGCUGGCAAACUGGGUGCGCGCCCACUUCCGCCAUCUCGCGCUGCUCGUCGAGAGGGCCGGCGGAGGGGUCCCUCUCCCGGUGCUGCCGGUGGUGUUUGUGUAUGGGGCGUCGUGGAGGGUGGAUUUUGCGGAAAGGAGGGACGGGAAGACUGUUAUAUACGAGAGCGUUGUGGUUGGGAGCACGAAGACGCUGCAGGGGUGUUAUCAAGUGAGAGCGGCGCUGGUGAGGCUGGGCGAGUGGGUUGAUAAGGAGUUUGGAGAGUGGUGGAGACAGCUAGGUAGUUGGGACGCAGUGCGUUAA